AUGUCUUCGAGCAAGAAAGACUCUGUGAAGGGAAAGAUUGAGAGAACUGCUGGUGGUGCUAGGGUUAUGGGUUUGCGAACAAGUUCCAGAGCUCCUUCCAAGAAGCACAACAAGCCUCGUGCAACCCAAAUGGAAAACCCUGGAGCCCCUAUGCCAGAGGAUGUUUCCAACCCUUCUGUUCCUGCAAAUGCUGAAGACGAUGUCACGACAUCUUCCCAUGACUCAGAUGCAACAUUGUCUGAUAAGCCUGACAAAGAAGCUUCCUCCAAGAGUUCUGAUUCCAAUGUUGCCAAAUCAACGGAUGCUCUGUCAGAGGAGUCGAUGAAGACCCCUCCCAUUGUUUAUGAUGUCUCUGAUGAUGAAGAUUCAGAGGAAGUGACUCUGGCAAGUGUUGCUGCCAGAAUGCUCAAACGAAGAAGGGGAUCUGUUGAAGAAACCCCUAUUGUCCAGAAGAAGAAACCCAAGAACACUACUGGGUCUUCUAAAUCAAAGGCAACCAAUGUGUCAAGGAAAGGCAAAGAAAAGGCGGUGGAAUCAUCUGGAAAGAAAGCCAAGAAGACUACUGGAAAGAAGCAGAAAGUUUCCAGAACUGAAGUGGAGACUGACUCAGAUGUUGAAGGCGAUGUCAUGGACAUCACUGCUUCUGAGAAGAAAAUGUUCUCUAGUAAGCGUAUUCCUUCAGAUGUUCCUAAUGUUCCUCUUGAUAAUGUGUCUAUUCAUGCUCCAGAGAAUGCCUUCAAAUGGAAAUAUGUCUAUCAAAGGUGUAUUGCCAAAGAAAGGGAGAUUGAUUCUGAUGUGUUAGCCUGCAAAGAGAUCAUGACUUUGAUUGCAAGAGCAGGGUUGAGAAAGACUGUGAUGAACAUAGGGAAAUGCUAUGACAAGCUUGUGAAGGAGUUUAUUGUCAAUCUCUCUGAUGAUGUUAAUAAUUCUGCCAGUCCUGAAUUCAGAAAAGUGUUUGUCAGGGGGAAGUGUGUGAAUUUCUCCCCUGCUAUCAUCAACCAAGCACUUGAAAGAAGUGUGGUUGAAUUUGUUGAAGAAGAACCCUCCUUGGACACAGUUGCUGAGGAAUUGACUGCUGGAAGAGUAAAGAAGUGGCCUGCUAAGAAGCCUUUGUCAACUGGAUUUCUGAGUGUGAAGUAUGCAAUUCUGAAUAGAAUUGGAGUGGUGAAUUGGGUUCCCUCUAACCAUACUUCUGCUGUUUCUGCCAUGCUUGUCAAGCCUAUCUAUCGCAUUGGGACUGAAAUUGCUUAUGACUUUGGCAAUUUUGUUUUCUCACAAACCUUGAAGCAUGCAGAGACAUGUGCUGUGAAACUCCCCAUCUCUUUUCCUUCUUUACUGACUGCUAUAAUUCUGAAACAGCAUCCUAAUAUCCUCAGUGCUGAUGAUGUUCCUGUGCCAAAAGGUCCUCUCAUCACUUUGGACCAACGUCUGUUCCUGGAACCUCAUGUCCUGGAUAUUGAUCUGCCAUCCAGUAGGACAUAUGCACCUGCCUCUGUGUCUACCUCAGGAAAUAACAGUGUCAUUUCUGAACUCGAGGCCAUUUCCAAGGAACUUCAAGAGACCAUCAGGAUUGCCUCUGCUAGGAAGUUUAAGGUGGAUGCUCUCAUCCAAACUCUCAAGGGGGAAGCUGGUCAAGAGGGUGAGCCUGCAGCUGAUGCUGAGAAGGAAGGAUCAGCAGAAAAUGAUGAGGACAACCCCUCUUCUUCUGGUAUUUAG